AUGGGGGACUAUGCGGACGCGACGGGGGACAGCCAGCCCUCGCCGAGGGAGUGUGACACAGCCGCGGCGGGUGUCUGGAGCUCUCGGGACUGGGCUGAGGAGGAGGAUCUAGGUGGGGGCGACGCCCGGAGGCGCGCGCUUGGGUUGGAAGGUGAGGUGAAUGCCGGGUCGGCGAGUGCACCUUAUUCUGCACACCCUGCGCCAGCCUCGAGAACUGCACGCGGCACCCCACCCCCGCCUCCCACAUAGACGAUAGUACGGUCUGCAAGGCUCCCCCGGCGGACAAAGCUAAUGGUUCGCUCCGCCCCGCCCACACAGAAGAGGCCAGCUGGCUCCUGCAGCGUUUCAGGACUCUUCUGGGACCAACUACAGAAGAUGUUUGGCCUCUACCCUCAGACUCUCUUAAGGGUAGGAGGCGUUGUCUUCAGUUCUGACCUCGCACUCAGACCCAGACUAGGUCAGAGCCUUCGCCCUUGGACUUGUCCCUAG